AUGCCUGUGAAACGCCCAAAUGUGUACUAUUCAAUUAUUGCAAAGAAGUGCAUGCUGGAAAACCUGUCUAUGCAUCGCAUCAGCGAGCAGAAGAUAAACGGUUUGAAGGAAGUGUUGAGGUGCUUGGGAAGAAAUUCCGAUCACGUAAGGGACAACCCAAUAUACGAAUGGCGGAGCAGGUAG